AUGGUAUCAGCUUUAUAUGUUUUACAUAUUCCAAUAAACAAUGAUUAUGUCAUAUCAGAUUCAUCAAAUUUUCAAUGUUUAAUAAGUAGAAGAUUUCAUGAAGAUCAUAUACCCGAGGAUCUAAUCAUAUUGAAUAUAUUUUAUAAAAAAAUCAUAAAGUCAUUAAAAGAAGAUCUUGCACCAGUUUUAUUUAUUGAUAAUUUAUCAUAUAUUUACAUCAGAUGCGAUAAUGAUAUUUGGAUCUUGGCAACGACUAAUAAAAAUGAAAAUGUAAUGCUGGUCAUUAUGUUUUUAAGGAAUUUUCAACUAAUACUACAACAUUAUUUAUGUAAAAAUAAAGCUAAACAUCAUUCUCAACAAAGCCUAACAAGGGAAGUAUUGUUAGACAAUUCAGUAUUGAUAUCGGAAUUAAUUGAUGAAUGUUUAGAUUUUGGGGUUCUUCAAAUAACAGAUUACAAAUUACUAGAGGAAUAUAUAAAAGUUGAACCAAAUUUACCAAAGAUCGAUCAAGGUGAAGAAUCUGAAAGUGAAGAUUCUAAUUAUAGUAGUGAAGAUGAAAACAUAAAAUCAAAUGGGAAGAGCAAAAAUAAAAAUAAAAAAGAUCAGAACAAAAAGGAUAUAAAGUCUACUCACAAUCAAGCUGUUAAAACGGACGUUCUAGAAAAACAACCGAAUGUGAUUAAUAGUUCAAUUCUACGUACUUAUUCAUCAGCUAUAAAUUGGAGACCAAAAGGUAUAUUUUAUGCCAAAAAUGAGAUUUUCAUAGAUAUCAUUGAAGACUGUGAAUUUAUAUAUGAUAUACAGACUUCGACAAUAAAGAGAAAUGAAAUAUAUGGAACUUGUAUUGUGAAGUCUUUUUUGUCAGGUAUACCAAUAUGCAGAGUUGGGUUCAAUGAAAAUUACAUGUCAUCAAUUGGAAAUGAUGACGAAGCAGUUAUUGAAGCUACAAGACAUGAUGAGGAAGAAGAAUUACCUGAAAAUCAGAUUGGUGAUGAUAAUACUUUGAUUGAUGAAGACGAAAUGGAUGAUGUUGCACUGCAAUCUUCACUGCAAGUUUCAUUACUUUCAAAUAAAUCACAACCACGUCAUAAAAUACCCAUAAGAAAUAUACAAUUUCAUCAAUGUAUUGAAUUAUCUAAGAUAUAUCGAGAAAACAUUGUCACAUUCAUACCACCUGAUGAUAAAUUUGUUUUAAUGACAUAUCAUGUUGAACAACAUAAAAAUAAAAAAAAGUUACCUUUAAUUUUGAUUAAACCAAUUUUUAAAAUUGACAAGAUCAAUGAGAAGUUACAAGUCAUGUGUACAUUAACUACAAAUUUCCCCAGAAGAAGACAUUGUAGAAGUUUAUUAAUCAGAAUUCCAUUAAAUCCUUUUUAUUUUGAUGUCAAUCUUUCUGAUACAGAUUUGAAAUAUAAAACAGAAAAUGGUGAAGUUUCUUUUAAAUUUGAUAGUAUGGAAAUAAUUUGGAAAAUUGAAAGUAUUGAUGGUAAAAAAUCAGUUAGAAUGAUGUGUGAAUUAUCUUUAUUAAAUUCUAAAUAUAUAAAAUUGCAAAAUAUAUCAGAUUUUAUAUUUAGAAAAGUGGAUAAAGAAAAUUUGACAAAGAUUAAUGAUGAAAAUUCAGAUAUUGAUGCAAUGAAUGAAUUAGAUGAUUUUUAUGGAGUUAAUGGUAAUGAUAGAUCAACUUCAAAUAAACAAAUGUUACAAAAAAUUAAACAUAAAUUUACAAGUGAUGAUAUUAUUGUGACAUUUAAAAUUCCCAUGUUUACAUAUUCUGGAUUGAAGUUAUCUUAUCUAUCUGUUAAAGAAGAACAACUAGAAUAUUCAUGUUUUCCAUGGAUUAGAUAUUUGACUAAAAGCUCGGAUAAGAUUGGUGAAAUAAAUGAUAAUGAAGUUAUAAAUGGCUCAAAUUGUAUGUAUAGAUUUAAAUUAGGGGUAGAUUGUUUUAUUAUUGAGUAA